AGCGGCGGUGCGGUAGGACGCUAGGGAAGCCGGAAGGACGGGAACGCGAAGCACCGUGGCUAGUUUUCGCGGUGCACUGUGGGAGAAAGCUGGGAGCUGUUGUUUUUUUCCGUAGAGGAGAUUUCACCAUUGCCGGCUUUGAGAGACCGCGGUCAAAAUGCCGGAACGAGAUAGUGAGCCCUUCUCUAACCCUUUGGCCCCAGAUGGCCACGAUGUGGACGAUCCUCAUUCCUUCCACCAAUCAAAACUUACCAAUGAAGAUUUCAGGAAACUUCUCAUGACCCCAAGGGCUGCACCUACUUCUGCACCACCUUCAAAAUCACGUCACCAUGAGAUGCCAAGAGAGUACAAUGAGGAUGAAGACCCAGCUGCACGAAGGAGGAAAAAGAAAAGUUAUUAUGCCAAGCUACGCCAACAAGAAAUUGAGAGAGAGAGAGAGCUUGCAGAGAAAUACCGGGACCGUGCCAAGGAACGGAGAGAUGGUGUGAACAAAGAUUAUGAAGAAACUGAGCUGAUUAGUACCACAGCCAACUAUCGGGCAGUGGGCCCCACUGCUGAGGCGGACAAAUCAGCUGCAGAGAAGAGAAGACAGUUGAUUCAGGAGUCCAAAUUCUUGGGUGGUGAUAUGGAACACACCCAUUUGGUGAAAGGCUUGGAUUUUGCUUUGCUUCAGAAGGUACGCGCUGAGAUUGCCAGCAAAGAGAAGGAGGAAGAGGAACUCAUGGAAAAGCCCCAAAAGGAAACCAAGAAAGAUGAGGAUCCUGAAAACAAAAUUGAAUUUAAAACACGACUUGGCCGAAAUGUGUAUCGAAUGCUUUUCAAAAGUAAAUCCUAUGAGCGCAACGAGCUGUUCUUACCAGGCCGGAUGGCCUAUGUGGUAGACCUGGAUGAUGAGUAUGCAGACACGGAUAUCCCCACCACUCUUAUCCGCAGCAAGGCUGAUUGCCCCACCAUGGAGGCCCAGACUACACUGACUACAAAUGACAUUGUUAUCAGCAAGCUCACCCAGAUUCUGUCAUACCUGAGGCAGGGUACCCGAAACAAGAAGCUCAAGAAGAAGGAUAAAGGAAAACUGGAAGAAAAGAAACCGCCUGAGGCAGACAUGAACAUUUUUGAAGACAUUGGGGAUUAUGUUCCCUCCACAACCAAAACACCUCGAGACAAGGAGCGGGAGAGAUACCGGGACCGGGAGCGUGAUCGGGAACGGGACAGAGACCGGGAGCGAGAGCGGGACCGGGAACGGGAGCGAGACCGGGAGCGGGAGCGGGAGGAAGAAAAGAAAAGGCACAGCUACUUUGAGAAGCCGAAAGUGGAUGAUGAGCCGGUGGAUGCUGACAAAGGACCUGGAUCUGCCAAAGAGUUGAUCAAGUCCAUCAAUGAAAAAUUUGCUGGGUCUGCUGGUUGGGAAGGCACUGAAUCGUUGAAGAAGCCUGAAGACAAGAAGCAGCUGGGUGAUUUCUUUGGCAUGUCCAAUAGUUAUGCAGAAUGCUAUCCAGCCACGAUGGAUGACAUGGCUGUAGAUAGUGAUGAGGAGGUAGAUUAUAGCAAAAUGGACCAGGGUAACAAGAAGGGUCCCUUAGGCCGCUGGGAUUUUGAUACUCAGGAGGAAUAUAGCGAGUAUAUGAACAACAAGGAGGCUUUGCCCAAGGCUGCAUUCCAGUAUGGUAUCAAGAUGUCUGAAGGACGGAAAACCAGACGCUUCAAAGAAACCAAUGAUAAGGCAGAGCUUGAUCGCCAGUGGAAGAAAAUAAGUGCGAUCAUUGAGAAGAGGAAGAAGAUGGAAGCAGAUGGGGUUGAAGUGAAAAGACCAAAGUACUAAUAAUCUAAUCCCAACCGUCACCACACGGCUGUUCUGUUGGUUGUUUCUACAAUUCCUAGCAAGGGGGCAAACUGUUUGUGUUUGUGAAUGUUUAUAAAUCUUCAUUGUAUAACUAUUUGUUUAUAGAUCUGCCUCCCAAGUGCUAAGAUUAAUGGCAUGCACCCAUGCCCAACAUGUUCCAUUAAAAUUAGUUAAACCCGCUGUC